GCGACUCGCUGCCGGUCCACAGUCGUUCUGCGUUUAAAGGCGUCGAUCAGUCAGUCUGAUCGCCGGUCUUUCGCACGUCGUCCGUUUCCGCCGCCCACUGCCUCCGUGGCCACGAUGCGCACCUAAGGGCGUUGGGCUUCCACCAGCGAUCGAUACACGUGAUCCACCGUCGGGGACGCACACGGAACCGCAAAUCCGAGCAAGGAUGCCUCACAAAGACCGGACUGUGACGACAAUGGCUUCACGCAACCGUCUGCCGACUGAUUCUAGGUCCAAUAAAUCAAGACCGAAGAAAAUAGACAAAGUAUCACAAAACGGCCAGAGUAAUUCUAAAUUCAAACAACUUAAAAAAUCAUCAAAAAUGGAUGCCCAUUCAAUUGUGAUAUGGAAACAUCCCAUUUUAACUUUAGAUUAUUUCUUUAAAGAAGUAGUUUGUUUAUCCAAAUCAUUUGUUAAAAAAUUAAUUUGUUAUAAGUUAUAUGUGCUUCUGGCACUUUUAGUAAUUAUUACUCCAAUUAUUUUACUGUAUAUUGAAGGUCCUCAUUUAUCAAUAUUAAUAUGGGCAAAAUCAAAAAUUGUAUGGUGUCUCUACUGGUUAGGUUUAGGAGUUUUAUCAUCUGUUGGUUUUGGUACUGGCCUUCAUACAUUCCUUCUCUAUUUGGGCCCGCACAUUACUUCUGUUACUUUGGCUGCCUAUGAAUGCGGAGGACUUAACUUCCCUGAGCCUCCAUAUCCAGAACAAAUUAUUUGCCCAGAUGAGGUUGACAGCGCUUGGGUAGCUAGUUUGUGGAACAUCAUGUUGAAAGUACGAGUUGAAGCCAUGAUGUGGGGUGCAGGUACUGCGCUUGGUGAAUUGCCACCAUACUUUAUGGCUCGUGCUGCUAGACUUUCUGGUAGACCACCCGAUGAAGACAAAGAAGAUUUAAUAGAAUUUGAAGAACUACUAAAGAAAGAAAAGCAUCCUGAAACAAUGACUCUAGUUGACAAGUCAAAAUUAUUUGUUGAGCGAUUAGUGAAAAAAGUUGGUUUCUUUGGAAUUUUAGCCUGUGCUUCUAUUCCAAAUCCAUUAUUUGAUCUUGCUGGGAUUACAUGCGGACACUUUUUAAUACCGUUCUGGACGUUUUUUGGAGCUACUCUUUUGGGUAAAGCUGCCAUUAAAAUGAGCAUACAAGUGUUAUUUGUUGUGGUAGCUUUUAAUGAAACUCUGAUUGAAAGUGUACUUGAUGUUGUUGGCAAAAUCCCAGGAGUUGGAAAAAAAUUGCAAGCACCUAUUACAACGUUUUUAAUUAACCAAAAACAAAGGUUACAUGCCAAAAAAGACUCAAAGGGUACAAAUAUUGCUGUGAAAUUGUUUGAUCUAUUUGUUCUAUCAAUGGUUCUAUAUUUCAUUGUGUCAUUAAUCAACUCUAUGGCACAAAAUUACUAUAAGCGAAACCAUAAGACUUCAAAAAAACGAUUAAGUGACUGACAUACGGUUGUCAACCGUUUGAAAAAUUCUUAUCGUAUUGAUAGUGUAAUAUGUGUUAAAUUUAGUGGUAGAAGACUGUUCCUCUUCUGAAAAUUUGUUCAUUCCUGUUUUGAAAAGUAAAAUCUAAAUAAUUAUAAUUACAUGAAAGAAUGUUUUAAAUAAAUAGUAUUAUUAUAAUUUUUUAUUCUUUGUCAAUAGUUUUGUUAACAAACAACAUGUUUAAUUGUUCAUUUGUGUAUUCUGUGAGCGUGCCAGAAAUUAUGUAUCUUUGGCAAUAAUUAAUUCAAUAUUCCAUUUCGUGUGUUUUAGUAAUUUGAUGUAGUGUUAAAGACUAUUUUUGUUUUCAUAAUAUACUUAAAUGUUUUUCUGAUAUUGUGUAAAAUUAUUGUUAUUACUCAUUAGAUUCUUGAAAAAAUAAUAUUGUAGUGUUUAGGAUGUAAUGUAUGUAUUGCAUUUUAAUAAUAAAUGGUUCAAUGGACUUGCAGUAAUACAAUUGUCCUCGAAAUGCAUUGUAGGAAUGUAUAUGUAUCUCAUGUAAUAUUAUUAUUAAUUAUUUUAUUUUUUUUUCAAUUUAUGACGCAAUACUUAUUUGUGUUAUAUGUUGCAUUGGUCGACAACCAAAUUUAUUUUUGCCAACAUAAUUGUAUGCAUAGACUUGUAUUGUGUAUACCUAUUGUGAGCUCCUGUAUGGGCGUGUUGAGGUUUUAAAUAUUAUUAUUUACAUGUACACGUAUACACAUACAUAUAAUAUGCAAAAUAUAUUGGAUGUGUGUAUUCUUACUUUCAAAUGAAUUAUUUGUUUAAUGUAUUUAUUUGAAAUGAAAACCAAUAAAAUUAUGCUAUGUUGUUUUA